AUGUUCUGUUUUUCACGUGGGGCUCAAUUCCGCGACACCCUUAGCCACUUGCCGGCCGACACUAUCCAGAAGAUCCAGCGGCUAUCAGUCCUCGAAGUCGUAGACUGGACGCGGGAUUCGUACGAGCUCAUCUUCCUUAGCGGGUGGUCGCGGGAUCUUGUUCCUCGUUUGAAGAAUCUGGUCGAAGUCGAGUUGCCGCCGGAAUGGCUCAGAGAUCGGAGUCUGGAGUAUCUGAGCGGGCUCAAACACUUGCGCAAGGUGCGAGCCACGAGCCUUCUCCCGGAGAUUCUCGGCCACGAAAGAAGGGAAGAAGAAAAUUCUAUCGGCACAAUUUGGAUAAGGGUAGAGAAAGAUCUUAUCCCAGGGCCCUGUCGUCAGGCGGCCGCACACCAAUCGCUGGUUGGGCCGCAGCUUGGCAAAAAUUCCUGCUUCUUCUGUUGGGGAACAGGUGAGGAUGCUUGGAACCAUUCAUGGGCCACCGGGAUGAGAGCAGGUUCCGUCGAGGUUCCGGAAGUGAUUCGGAACACCGUCCAGCGGCGGCUCAUGUCGGCUUACCGCGAGCUUCCAUUACCGGCACAUGGAGUGCGAGACGGUGUCGUUGAGAAGCUGGCUCGGCAAACAGGCAUGGAGAUCACUCUGCACGGACUGCCGGUCCUCAGUGCAACAGCCAGGAAGCCACUGCGGGCUGCGAAAAAACGCGAGCUCCAAGACUUGAGCCCCCUAGUUCUGUCGAAUGCAAGGCGAGUUCGUGCCCAAGAGUCUGUUCCUGUCGAUUUCGAUGAGUUAGAGGGUCAUCUAUCAGCGAAGGAGAGGUCGGAACGAUCGAUGAGACAGAAGAAAUUCAAGGACGUCACUACUGGGAAGGAGGAGAUAGAUCGGACUGUAGUUUUGAUUGAGCGGCAGUGCAGAAGGCAUGAGACGGCUAAGCAGGAGAAGGUGGACGACAAAGAUCAGAGCAAGGAGGCGAGAAAGAAGGCAUUGAAGUCAGCGGCUGAUCUGAGCGUAUCGAAGAAGAGCGAGCGAAAGAGAGUACGUGCUGAGGCGAAGGGAGGAAGGAAUGGCAGCGGUUGA